AUGUCAUCAAUCAAGUCCGUCGCAAUCAUCGGCUGCGGUGCAAUCGGCGCCUCAUGGGCGGCCCUCUUCAUCGCCCAAGGUCUUCAAGUCAAAGCCUUCGACAUCAACCCAGCCGCGGAGACAUAUCUUCGCAACUUCAUCCGCGAUGCUCUCCCCGUUCUAUCAUCAAUCGGCCUUGUCAAGAACACAGAAGCCAAGCCUGAAGAUGUUGUCUUCACCACCAGUCUUGAACAAGCUCUUCGAGAUGUCGAUUUCGUUCAGGAAAAUGGUCCCGAGAGAAUUGACUUUAAGAGAAGGCUAUUUCAGCAGAUGGGAGAGAAACUUGGGCCUGAUGUGAUUAUUGCGACGAGCUCAAGUGGUCUUACCUGUUCUUCUAUCCAAGAGGGUAUGACUGCUGCAGCGCACCCUCAACGCUGUGUCGUCGGUCAUCCUUUCAACCCGCCUCAUCUUAUUCCCCUCGUCGAAGUCGUCGGCGGUUCGCAAACAUCACCAGCCACCAUCGAAACGACAAUGACAUUCUAUACUAGCCUUGGCAAAAAGCCCAUCCACCUGCAAAAGGAAGUCCCCGGCCACGUCGCAAACAGAAUCCAAGCAGCAGUUAUGCGCGAAGUUUUCCACAUCCUCCAACAAGACGUCUGCUCCGUUCAAGAUGUUGACGAUGCGGUAUCUUAUGGUCCUGGCUUAAGAUGGGGAGUCAUGGGACCGAACAUGUUGUUUCAUCUUGGUGGUGGGGAGGGAGGCAUUGAGCAUUUUGCAGAUCAUUUGUUGGGGCCUCUUCAGGGUUGGUAUGCGAAGGAAAAUCCGGUUGUUGAUGAGGAUUUGAGAGAGAAGUGGAUUGAGGGGACGAAAGGGGCUGUUGGGGCGAGGGGAUAUGGGGGGUUGGUGAAACAGAGGGAUGAGGAGCUGGUUAGGUUGUUAAACGUUCCAUCAAUAAUCCAUCCUUCCACUUUAUAUUCCAUCAUCAUGGGAUCCCUUAGCUUGCCGCGUCUUUACAUCCUCGACACAGAUUUAUCCAACUUCCCCAAUCCCAAAGGUCGCAUUCUAUCAUGUUAUAUCGACGGCAGCGACCUUCGUACAGUCCAUGAUCAGAUGAAGACGAUGCCAGAUGGAAUCACAAUUGAUCACCAAAAUGGCUUCAUGUACUGGACAAACAUGGGCUCCACCUUCAAAUCCAACGAUGGCUCCAUCGAGCGCUCAAGAUUAGACGGCUCCGAACGAACAACCGUUGUGAGCACUGGUACGGUUGGUGUUUAUACCCCGAAGCAAAUCACUCUGGCGCGACAAAGUCGGAAGUUGUACUGGUGCGAUAGAGAAGGAAUGAAGGUUAUGCGCUGUAAUCUUGAUGGAUCUGACGUUGAGGUUCUGGUGUCAACUGGCUCAAGUGUAGAGGACAGAAAAGAUAUGUGCCGUUGGUGCGUUGGUAUCACAGUAGAUGAGUCAAUGGGAUACUUCUACUGGUCACAAAAAGGCCCAUCAAAAGGAUCCCAAGGGCGUAUCUUCCGAGCCAAGAUUGACAACCCAACACAAGUCGAGACAGUCAUUGACAAGCUCCCCGAACCUAUUGACUUGGAAUUCGACGAGAGCACACAAACUCUGUACUGGACAGAUCGUGGCGAUCCUCCAUAUGGAAAUUCACUGAAUCGUGCUUUUAUCGGAGAUCUUAGCGCCGCGCCUGAGCGGGAGGUUCUGGCUAGGCGACUACACGAGACGAUUGGGCUUGCAUUGGAUAAGAAUACGGCGACGGCGUAUGUGACGGACUUGUCAGGAGGUGUAUAUGCUGUCGACCUGAAGAAGAAGACAAAAACGGUGCUGUUUCCCGAGCUGGGCGAUCUCACAGGCAUAGCAUUGGCGUAGACUAAGGUAGAAGGAUAAAAGUGCAUAGACUAUUGAGCAAUUAUAA